AUGUCGAACUUAUCAAAGCUUGAAUUUGUGGCACUUGACAUUAUCAGAAACAAUUAUUUAUCAUGGGUCCUUGAUGCUAAAAUUCACCUUGAGGCUAAAGGUCUUGGGGAUACUAUUAAACAGGGAAAUGAAUCAUCAAGUCAAGAUAAAGCCAAGGCUACGAUUUUCCUUCGUCAUCAUCUCUAUGAAUUAUUAAAAACUGAAUAUUUAACUGUGAAAGAUCCACUUGAAUUGUGGAAUAAUUUGAAGGAUAGAUAUGAACACCUAAAAUUGACGGUAUUACCAAAAGCUCGAUAUGACUGGAUGCAUCUCCGACUCCAAGAUUUUAAAACUAUAACUGAUUAUAAUUCUGUUGUCCAUCAAGUAAGUUCUGCAUUAAAAUUGUGUGGAGAGACGAACACUGAUGAGCACUUACUGGAGAAAACUUUUACCACUCUUCAUGCUUCAAAUGUGUUGCUAAAACAACAAUACCGUGAAAAGGGGUUCAAAAAGUAUGCUGAUUUAAUUUCAUGCCUACUUGCGGCUGAGCAGAAUAAUACUCUAUUAAUGAAAAAUCAUGAAUCCCGUCCCACUGGGUCUGCUCCAUUCCCUGAAGUGAAUGCAGUAACAGGUUAUGAUAAGCCUGAACGAAGGCAAAAUAAUUACUGUGGUCGUGGCCAUGGUCGUGGUCGUGGACGUGAAAAGGGACGUCAUAAUUAUCGUCAGCAUGGUGAGAAUAAACAAGAGACCAAUAAGGGUUCUCAAAAUAAUCCUUCAAGAGGUGAAGUUAAUAUGUGCCACCGAUGUGGUAUGAAAGGUCAUUGGGCACGUAUUUGUCAUACGCCCGAUCAUUUUGUCAUGCUUUAUCAGGCCUCUCUCAAAGGGAGAGAAAAUAAAGUGGAAGCACACUUGACCUUUCAUAAUAAUGAUGAUGAAGCAGCUCCCUCAAACAAACAUGAUGAUAUUGAGGCAAAUCUUGCUUAUAAAGAUGAUGAUUUUAAAAGCCUCUCAAAUAUUACUCAUUUAGAAGCUGGAGACUUCUAUGAUGAAAUUGACUGA